UAAAGCUGAACCAGCGACAUGGAAGACCAGACUUCGCUGUGCACUUAACAAGAGCCCAGACUUUGAGGAAGUUACUGACCGAUCCCAGCUUGACAUCUCUGAGCCUUAUAAAGUGUACCGGAUAGUGCCAGAUGAGGAACAGAAAUGUGUUGGGUAAAAACCUGAUUCCUGCCAUGUCCUGCUGCAGCACAGACAUCACGACCAUGGAGUGCUCACCAGAACUGGAUGAACUAAUUAAAGAGUCUCCAAGUGAGCCAAGUCAUUCUGCUCUGGAUGAUGCCAGUUGUGUCCCAUCAGUGCAGGAAUGGUGGCAGGAGGGCUGUCACAAUGCUGCUGUUGUCCAUCAGGACCUGUCACCCGUAAGCACAUUCAAUGCAGCGUUUUCUCAGAUUAUGAUCUGCUUCUACUAUGGAGGACGGCUGGUAGGCAGCACUCUCACCACUCAUCCGGAGGGCUGCCGUAUCUCCCCCGGACAGCCCCCUGUGGCUAAUGCCCUUUUAUAUGGUCCAGAUAGUCUCCAGAACAUCCGCUUUCCAUUGGUGGACCUCAUCGAGCAUGAUCGCCAGCGUCACAUCACUAGGAAGCUUUUUAGUCACCUUGAGCGUGGCGUGCUGCUACGUGCCAACAGAGAGGGCAUCUUCAUUAAGCGUCUGUGCCAGAGUAGAGUGUUCUGGAGCAGCCCGGACUCCCAAUACAAUCUCAACCCCUGCAAACUUGAAAGAGAUGCUGUGGUUAAAAUCUUUGACACUGCCAGGUUUCUAGAAGCACUUCAGUUAUAUCAGGAGGGUCACUAUCAGGUUCCAGAUCCGACCGUGACACUCUGCUUUGGAGAAGAGUUUAAUGAUUUCAGCACCGUGAAAAACAAAUUAAUAAUUGUGCAGAUCACAGCGUUACACUGUCAGCAGCUGGUGGAGGCGGUGAGUGCCCGCAGAUCCCAGUACAGCAGUGGGAAUCUGGAGAUCUCUGAUGAGUUGGCCAGUGAUCAGAUGGCUCGUAUAUACCAGGAUCUAUGCAGCUAUCCGGUUCCCCAGCGAUCUUCAUGUUUUAGGGACAACCUGUCCAUUACGGUCUGAGGCACAAUCUGAUCCAUCCUUCCCUUUGGAGAAAGUCAAUGUACAUAAUACACAACAUCAUAUAUUUUCUUUCAAUGCCAUUACUUGAUGCAAAGUGUUUCACUUUUAAUUAUGACGCCACCACAUUUGUGAAGCAUCCUGUCCUCUCAGGGUUAGUAAUCUGUUGUAAUGCAAUUUGAAAUGUUCUCAGGAAAGAUAUAUUUUUCUACUAGAUGAAAAGUUAAUUCACAAUAUUGAAUGUUUUAGAGUUGGUAUAAGAUGUUUUUUGUGUAAAAUAUUUUCUAAUAUUUGUCCUAAUCAGUUUUUUUUUUAGUGUUUUUAUUAUGCAUUUUAAAAGUGGAUAGGUUUUACUAUCCAUUAUCUUUUACGUAUAUUUUUAAUGACUGUUUGUUAUACAAUGUUCAAA